GAUUCCUAUGUUCCUUGUGGUGGGGCUCUAGAUCUGUAAGAGCGUAAAGAUUUUGCAAUUUUCGAAACGGUUCAUAAUCAGUGACAGUUUCCUCAAGAAGUUGCAGUCAGAUUUUGCUGUGAUUGAAAAGUUUGGUCAUUUUUUCUAAUGGUAAUAGAGAUUAGUUAAAUUAGACAAAAAGCAGCAAAAGAGAUGGCACAGAGUUCUGAAAAUGUUCUUCCUACUCUACGAGAUUUCUUCGAUUCCAAAAAGCCAGGGGAAGAGGAUGAGUUUAUGUUUUAUCGAGUGCUUAACACCUCGUGCAAGAAACCUCCAAAACCGGGAAACAAGGCAAAGGAGGGACAUGGUUUCUUCAAUCAGGGCUCCAAGGAGAGAAGCAGAAGGAACAUGUCAGAUGCUGAAAAGUUUUCAGUGGAGCAAUAUUCUUCUGGUGGUUUUUUCGGGGUACGGUUGAACACCAAUGGGAGACAACAGCAACAACAACAACGAUCAGCUAAGCCUUUAGGCUCAGAGAGAAACAUGGAACCAAGAUUGCAAAAGUCAUUCUCUGCUAGAAUACAAUUGCCCUUUAUGUCUUCUUCAAAGGGAAGCAAUCAGUAUUCUUCUACUAACAGUUCAAGCUCAACAAGCUGGUUUAGCCGUAUCAAAAAACUGUCCAAUCCGUUUUCAAAUCGAAAUCCUCUGAUACCUAAAUCAGGUGAAAUGGUCUCAAGAAACAAAUCCUUGAUGAGAAAGUCUUCACCUGUUCAUCUACAUGCUUAUCUCAGUAUCGAAUAUGAACUUGGGAUGCCUGUUUUCACCUUUUCUCUGGACCGCCCUGAUGAUGUAUAUAUGGCCAGUGCAAGAAUGGAUGAUAAUGACUCCCGGUUUGUCUAUUCGUUUCGCUAUCUCGGUGGUAGAAGCAAUAAGAAUUUUGGGGAACAGCGGUUGAAUGUUUCAGGUAAACAAUCUUCACUAAUAGGACAGAUGCAAGUUUCAACUCAGAUCUGCUUAGAGUCGGAACCAUAUGAAGAAGAUCUUGUGGAAUCAACUGUGUCAGAAUUCGUUCUUUUCGACAUUGCACGUGCAAGAAGAAGUGGCUUCCAGCAUGAAAACAUGUCAAGACAGAACAGUUUCAGACGAGGAGGAUUAGACCUGAGUCAAUCGAUAUUCUCAGAGACAGAGAACUCUGCAUCUGAUCUAAGACAAGAAAAGCUGCCGAGGCAGAAUAGUUUCAGCCGAGGAUUGAUGCGUAGUCUAUCAAAACAUUCAGAGACCUCUGCAUCUGAUCCUUGGACAGCCUCAGAGUUACAUCCAGGCCUAGAGAUUGCAGCAAUUGUUAUUCAAGACUCUUCUUCAGACAGCAAACUCUCGAGUCAUCGUGAGAUGAAAGUCAUAGUUCCAACAGGAAACCACGGUUUACCUGAUACCGAAAACUCAUGUCCUACACCGAUACUGCAGAGAUGGAGAUCAGGUGGAGGCUGUGACUGUAGCGGAUGGGACAUGGGAUGUCAUCUUUUUGUCCUAGAAUCUCCAGAACUCACCAACAAUCAUCAGGGUUUGGAACUUUUCAUAGAGGGUGAGAAGGAGACCACACCAGCAAUGACAAUGGCAUUCAUCAGAGAAGGACAAUAUGAAGUUAACUUCCACGCAAAGCUCUCAGCAUUACAAGCAUUCUCUGUCUGUGUAGCCGAGCUGCACAGAAGUGAAGUCUCAAGAGGAGAAAGAAGCAACUCUUUGUCUAGAUGCAGUUCACUCAGGGAGCUUAUCGACAUGGAAACUCCGGUGAAUACAAGAGAUGUCCCUUCUUCUUUCAUGCCUAAUGUCACCUUCUCUCCGAUUUCAAGAGUUUAAGACACAUCACAUAGUAAUCUCUAGCUUCCUCUUAUAGUCUUAUGUGCAUAUAUAUAUAUAUAUAUAGUCAUUAUACAUACCAUACAAAUAAUUAAGUAUCAUCAAGAAUCUACCGGAAAAUGUUUGUUCUUCUUUCUUCCUCAUUACUCAAAGAAGUCAGUUCUUUCAAAACGUUUAUAUCAUUGACAAGUAUGUCAUAGUUGUGGAUUGGACCUUUUUUCAUGUUUCUUGCUGCUUAAAAGGACAAAGACUUGUAAAAUUUUGUUGGUGAUAUACCAAAU